GCAUUGAGAGGCGCUCCUAUACAUUCUCUCCCCUGGGUUCUUCCCUCUUGAGAAAUCUCGGCCUAUCCGCUCCGCUCCACUCCGGCUCUGCAAACCCCUCUAGUCUCUCUCUCAGAGAAAGCUCUUCUUCUCCCUUUCGAGGAUCGCUUCUUCUCCUUUACGGGAUCUCCGCGGGGUCAGCUUUCCGUGCUCUGUUUCUUCUUCGCUGGCGGCGUCUCCCCUGUUUUCUGGAUUCGCUUCCAAGAUGGCCAGCAACUCCUCCCAGGCCACCCAAACCGUCCAUGACUUAACUGUGAAGGUUGGUGCCCCUCCGGGAUUCCGGUUUCAUGGAUUUGAUCUAUGGUUUUGGAUAGUCUGAAGGAUGCUGGGGGAAAUGAUGUUGACCUUAGUAUUUACAAGGGAAAGGUCCUGCUUAUUGUAAAUGUGGCAUCUCAAUGUGGGUUGACUAACUCAAAUUAUACAGAGCUGAGUACCCUGUACGAGAGGUACAAGGACAAAGGUCUUGAGAUUCUGGCAUUUCCAUGCAAUCAGUUCGGGGCACAGGAACCAGGAACCAAUGAGCAGAUCCUUGACUUUGCUUGCACCCGAUUCAAAGCUGAGUACCCAAUCUUUGACAAGGUUGAUGUAAAUGGGGGCAAUGCUGCACCUAUCUACAAGUUCCUGAAAUCCAGAAAAGGCAGUCUCUUUGGAAGUGGCAUCAAGUGGAACUUCACAAAGUUCCUGGUCGACAAGGAAGGGCAUGUGGUGGACCGUUAUGCCCCAACUACAUCCCCUCUGAGCUUUGAGAAGAAAAUCAAGAAGCUGCUGGGACUCGUCUAAGUUUCACAUGUUUGGAACCAUUUUCCAGGAUGUUGCUCAAUUUUAGGCUUCAUUGGGUAAUGUUAAAACAUUACAUGUUUAAUGCUUCAGUAUGUACCAAUAAGACUGUUUAAUACGUGUGCCUGUGCACUCUUACCCUUCAUAAGUGCCGAGCACGUAGGUCUUGUUAUUUGUCUCAUAAGAGUGUUGCUUGGAUUCUUUAAUUUAAAUGCUUAAUACAUCAUUUUGAGCAAAAUAUAUGCUUAAUUUAUACA